GUGGAAUUACAUAAGGCGGAGUUACUAUCAAACCAAAGCAAAACAAUCCGUGUCACCGACUCACCGGUCAUAGACUCGGCCAUUGACUCUCGAUCAUGGAUCCAUAUAUCUGCGGAAAUUGCUUGAUUCCGCAUUGUUCGCCUCCUUGGAGCUGAAAAUAGGAUAAGCAACCUGAAUUCAGCUGGUUGUUUAUGUAUGCUCGCAGCAGAAAAUACAUACUCCUGGAUCAGCAUCAUCCAUCAUGUUUCAAGAACACCCCUAACAGUGCCCCAAACCCUAUAUCAAUACGUACUUGUGCUUCGAGGGAAGCAGCGAUAAGAGGCUAUUCGUUUGAUGUAGCUGAUCUAGGGUCUCGUCACGUUCUGUCAGAAUUCGAGAACUACAUCGAGAAAGGCGCCCCCCACAGCAAUCUCGGCAAACUGCAAAUUGAGCUGGUAAAGCUACUGACGCUGUUGUAGAUCCCCUGGACAUCACCACUAUGGCUUCCAAAUCCACCACAGGCCUGCCGUUGGACUCUGCCAAUAUAAUGUCAACAGUACUAGAAGGUAUUUUAUACGGCUUUUCAGUCCUCAUGUUCAUAGGUACCAUCUGGACAUUUACUUACAAACAACGCAUCCGAGACAUCAAUCAGCCAAGCACCGUGGUUGCCACCUUGCUGUUUGUACUCAGUACUGUGCACAUGAUCGUAGGUAUUAUUCGUCUCGAAGAUGGACUGGUGAAGUAUGGCAAUACCUUCCAUGAUGGGCCAGCAGGGUUCUUCGCAGAUGUGACCCAACAAACAUUUGUGACAAAGAAUACGAUAAUCACUUUACAAACCUUGCUUGGUGACGGAGUGGUGAUCUAUCGAUGUUACGUCGUCUGGCGAUCUGUGUGGAUCAUCAUCCUACCAUGCAUGAUGUGGUGCGGUGUCGCAGCGUUCGGUAUUUGUAUGGUCUAUGUGCAAGCACCGACUACCAAUGCCAAAAAUGUCUUCGGAAACCAAACUGGACAUUGGAUCACGGCGUUCCUUUCCUUGACGCUUGCAACUAAUUUGCUCAGUUCAGGAUUGUUGGCAUAUCGCAUCUGGACGAUCGAACGCAAUGUCUCUGGAGCUUACGCUACGAAGAAUAAUAUGCCUAUAUUGCGGGUACUCGUAGACGCCGCACUUUUAUACUCUGCAGCGUUUUGCGCCUCGCUGGUAUGUUUCGCCAUAUCGAACAACGGGUUUUAUGUUUUAGGAGACCUGAUCGUUCCCAUCAUCUCGAUUGCUUUCUACAUGGUGUUUAUCCGCGUCGCAAUCAGCAAGAAGAUCCACGAAUGCCUCUCGGCUACUCUUUGUUGA